UAAAUUUUCAAUCACAUUGUAUGUUAGCUGACACAGCCACCCACGUUUCUCACUUUCAUCAAUCUCAAAAAUCAUUCCUUUUUUUUUCUCUCUAUGUAUAUCAUGUCAUCAAACAUGAACAAUUAACAAAUAAUAAUGUCCCAUUUUGAGAAGAAAUUGACUCCAAAAACCCACUCCCUCUUCUCUUCUUCUCCUAUAAAACCCCAAAAGAGCUGAUCAUUCUCUGUAUUGUUCAUUGUUCUUUGCUUUAUCUGCAUUCUCUCUUGCAAUAUUCCUCCAUGCAAUUGAAAAAAAAGCUUCCUUUUCUUCAAAUUUAUACCUUUUUUCUUCUGAAUUAGCCUCAAUGGAUACAAGCUUGUUCUGGGGUCAUCCUGGAAAGAGAGAUUCAUGGAGGACAAUCUUCACUUUAGCUUAUCAGAGUUUAGGGGUUGUUUAUGGGGAUUUAAGCACUUCUCCUUUGUAUGUAUACAAAAGCACUUUUGCUGAGAAUCUUCAGCAUUCUGAGACUAAUGAGGAGGUUUAUGGGGUUCUUUGCUUUGUAUUUUGGACUUUGACACUUAUUCCUUUACUUAAAUAUGUGUUUAUAGUUCUUAGGGCUGAUGAUAAUGGUGAAGGAGGAACUUUUGCUCUGUAUUCAUUGCUCUGUCGCCAUGCUCGGUUGAGCUCUCUCCCAAAUCACCAACUAGCUGAUGAAGAACUUUCUGCAUAUACAAUUGAUAGGCCUCAAACUGAAAACACUACUAAUUUUAGUUUUAGUUCUUGUUUGAAAUUAACUUUGGAGAAAUGUAAAGUUCUGCAAAAAAUGUUGCUUGUUCUUGCUUUGAUUGGGACUUGUAUGGUUAUUGGAGAUGGUGUUCUCACACCAGCAAUCUCAGUUUUUUCAGCUGUUUCUGGGCUUGAGUUAUCCAUGGCUAAGGAACAUCACCAGUAUAUCGAAGUCCCUCUAGCAUGUGGUAUAUUGGUAUUCUUAUUCGCAUUGCAACAUUAUGGAACGAAUCAGGUCGGGUUCCUGUUUGCUCCUGUUGUAAUUGUAUGGCUUCUAUGCAUCAGUGCAAUUGGUUUGUACAAUAUCUUCUAUUGGAAUCCCCUGGUUUACAAAGCACUCUCCCCAUACUACAUGUAUAAAUUCUUGAAAAAAACCAAAAGGCAAGGUUGGAUGGCAUUGGGCGGAAUCCUUUUGUGUAUAACAGGCUCAGAAGCUAUGUUUGCUGAUCUUGGGCACUUCUCACAGUUUUCUAUCAAGCUUGCUUUCACUUUUGCGGUUUAUCCGUCCUUAGUUCUUGCAUAUAUGGGACAAGCUGCUUAUCUAUCCAAGCACCACAAUCUCGACAAUGAUUAUCGAAUUGGAUUCUAUGUUUCUGUUCCUGAGAAGGUAAGAUGGCCAGUUCUUGCAAUAGCAAUACUUGCAGCAGUGGUGGGUAGUCAAGCGAUCAUCACCGGCACAUUUUCGAUCAUCAAACAAUGUUCUGCUUUGGGUUGUUUUCCGAGGGUAAAGAUCAUUCAUACGUCUUCGAAAAUACAUGGCCAGAUUUACAUUCCGCUGAUCAAUUGGAUACUAAUGAUAUUAUGUUUGGCUGUUACCAUUGGGUUUAGAGACACAAAACGUCUAGGAAAUGCGGCAGGGUUGGCGGUCAUUACCGUUAUGCUCGUCUCAACGUGUUUAAUGUCACUCGUCAUUGUAUUAUGUUGGCGUAAAAGCGUGUUGCUGGCCAUAGCCUUCAUACUCUUCUUUGGCUCCAUAGAAGCUCUCUACUUUUCUGCUUCUCUUAUUAAGUUCUUUGAAGGGGCUUGGGUUCCUAUUGCUCUUUCACUGACCUUCCUUGUGGUUAUGUAUGUUUGGCACUAUGGCACUGUGAAGAAAUAUGAGGCUGAUGUUGAAAACAAAGUCCCUAUCAACUGGCUCCUCAGCAUAGGACCCAAAAUUGGGAUCGUUCGAGUCCGAGGGAUCGGCCUUGUACAUACCGAACUCGUUUCGGGGAUCCCUGCCAUUUUCUCUCAUUUUGUCACCAACCUUCCAGCCUUUCACCAAAUUCUAGUCUUCCUCUGCAUCAAAUCUGUCACAGUGCCUCAUGUGAGGCCUGAGGAAAGGUUUUUAGUUGGAAGAGUUGGGCCAAAGGAGUAUCGACUCUACCGUUGCAUUGCACGGUAUGGCUACCGUGACAUGCACAAGGACGACUUGGAGUUUGAGAAAGAUCUUGCUUGCAGCAUUGCAGAAUUCAUACGGUCCGAGAGAACAGAAUGCAACGAUUUUAGACACGAGGACUUGGACGACAAUGAAAGAAUGACAGUGAUUGGCACUUCAUCAACCCAACUAGAUGGUAUACAUAUGUGUGAAAACGAAACGUAUGCUUCGCCAAUCAUUGGAACUUCAGAGAUAAUAAAGUCGGAGCAGUUGAGGAAAAGAGUAAGAUUCGUUCUUCCCGAGAGUCCGAAAAUGGACAUCGAUACGAGGGGAGAGUUGCAAGAGUUGAUGGAGGCAAGGGAGGCAGGAAUAGCAUUCAUAAUGGGACAUUCAUAUGUGAAAGCAAAGAAAGGAUCAGGUUGGAUGAAGAAGCUUGUGAUUAAUUAUGGAUAUGAUUUCUUGAGGAAAAAUUCAAGGGGGCCAUCUUAUGCUUUGAGCAUUCCUUAUGCUUCUACUCUUGAGGGUUUAAAGUUUGAAGAUCCUAUGAGCAAAAUGGUCAUAUGGAAUGAAGCGAAGUUUGAUGUUAAAUGCAAUCAUAUUUUCAAUAGUCACAUCGUCUACUCAAUUGCCAACAACAACUUUACUGGUACAAUUACCUUUGCUCUUUCUCACCUUGGAGGAAGUCCAUCGUUGUAGGCAACCAUAACCAUAAGUUUCUAAUGACCCCAAGAUCUUCCUUUGCAUACACGUGUUCUAUUGGCAGCUGGGAGCGUUAAAGACCAUAUUGGGUGAUUUUUAAUUUUUGCUUCUGAAAUGUUUAGAUAUUGAGUGUAUUUGUGAAAUU